AUAAUAAAACAAAAUAAUAUGAAAAACACAAAUUAGUAUUUUUACGAAAAUUGAAUCGAACGUAUUCGUCCAAAUUUUAUAGUUUAUAUUCAAAAUCUAGAAGUUUAUUUUUUUGGAUAGAUUCUUAAUAAUGUCUUUUUCAAAUCGCGAAACUAUUUCUGUACAUAUCGGCCAGGCAGGGGUUCAAAUUGGAAAUGCAACAUGGGAGCUUUACUGCCUAGAGCAUGAUAUAUCUCCAGAUGGAUCAUUAACACAUCCACAUGGUGAUUCAGAUGCCUGUUACACAGCCUUCUUCAAUGAAACCCAAGGUGGUAAGGUCGUUCCACGAUCAAUUUUCAUUGACAUGGAACCAACAGUAAUUGAUGAGGUUCGUAAUGGUCAGUUUAAGGAUCUUUUUCAUCCCGAUCAACUAAUUACUGGCAAAGAAGAUGCAGCGAAUAAUUUUGCCCGCGGAUUUAAUACUAUUGGAAGGGAAAUGAUAGAGCCAAUUGCUGACAGAAUACGAAAAAUGGCAGAGCAAGCAAAUAGUUUACAGGGAUUCUUCCUGUUUCAUUCUUUUGGUGGUGGUACUGGUUCGGGAUUCUCGGCGUUACUUAUGGAAAGACUCGGUGAAAACUUUUCAAAAAAAUGCAAACUUGAGUUUGUAGUCUAUCCAGCACCCGCAAUUGCCACAGCUGUAGUUGAACCUUAUAAUUCCGUGCUAACUACUCACUGCACUUUAGAUACAACUGACUGUGCAUUUAUGGUUGAUAAUCAAGCAAUUUUUGAGAUCUGUAAAAACAAAUUAAAUAUCCCACGUCCAAGUUACCCCAGUUUGAAUCGUAUUAUAAGUCAAGUUGUAUCCAGCAUAACCGCCUCCUUGCGAUUUAAUGGCGCCCUGAAUGUUGAUAUGUCCGAAUUUCAAACCAAUCUUGUCCCAUAUCCUAGAAUUCAUUUUCCCUUGGCCUCAUAUGCACCCGUUUUACCAGUUGAAAAAUCAAAUCAUGAAGGCCUAAGUGUAGCCGAACUAACGUCGGAUUUAUUUGAAAAUGACAACCAAAUGGUAAUAUGUGAUCCAAAUCAAGGCAAAUAUAUGGCUUGUUGUAUCCUGUACCGUGGAGAUGUAGUACCAAAAGAUGUCAAUAGUGCCAUCGCAACAGUGAAGGCCAAAAACAAAGUUCGAUUUGUAGAUUGGUGUCCAACAGGUUUCAAGGUUGGUAUUAACUACAAACCACCGUCUGUAGUACCAAAUGGUGAUUUAGCUGCAGUAACGCGAGGAGCUUCUAUGUUAGCAUCAACAACGUCUAUCGCUGAAGCAUUUGGUAGACUUGAUCAGAAAUUUGAUUUGAUGUUUGCUAAAAAAGCAUUUGUACAUUGGUAUAUGGCUGAAGGCAUGGAAUCGGAUGAGUUUGUCGAAGCUAGAGAGAACUUGGCAACAUUGGAAACUGAUUUUAAAGAAGUUGAAGGUGAUAUUGUAUCUGAUGGUGUGAUUUCUGAAGAAGACUUUUAAAAUUAAAAAGUUAAAAACCAUUCUAGUUGAAAUAAGCAUUUUAGUCCUAAUAAAUUAAAGUUGUGCAAAAA